AUGUCGCUCGCCACCCCCGCCCCACGCCACCCACAGCCCAGCGCCCCCCCCAGCCCGCCCCCGCCCGUCUUCGCCCUCACCUCGGCCUUCUUCGAGUCGCCCUUCUCGCCCCAGCCUCCCGCGCCGGCCGGCCGCUCGUCCCUGCGGGCGGACCAGCUGGACACGCUGCUCGGCGACGCCCCCCGCUGGCCGGCCUCCACGCCCUCCACCCCCGCCGCCCAGCAGGCUCAAUGGACCCCCCUGAGCACCAGGGCCGCCCCCGUCGGCCGCCACCCGCCGCACCAGGAAGACCGGCUCGACCGGCUGCUCUGCUGGGAACUCCUCAGCCUCGAGACCCGCUUCCAGCCCCGCCACGCCUGCCCGCUGCGCCCCUGCCUCAAGAUCCACACCCGCUCACUCCCCCUCGCCGACGACCGGCCGAGCAGCGCCAGGGUCCGCUUCGACGACGCCACCGUCGAGCAGCUCCUCACCUGGUCCAGGGAAUCGUACGACCGCAAAGGGCCCCUGCCGAUCACCAAGCUCAACCUGCGCGAGCUCAUCGAGCUCAAGCUCAUCAAGGAAGACACCUCGUCCGAGACUCAUUGA